AUGGAUCACUCCAGAGAUCCCUGUCCCUGGGUUGCCCUGAGCGACUUUGGUGGUGCUUUUUGCAUGGGUGCAAUUGGUGGUGCGGUCUGGCACGGUAUCAAGGGUUUCCGGAACAGCCCCUACGGAGAGCGUCGGAUAGGUGCCAUCACAGCCAUCAAGGCGCGAGCCCCUGUCCUCGGUGGUAACUUUGGUGUGUGGGGUGGUAUGUUCUCGACGUUCGACUGCGCGAUCAAGGGUAUCAGAAAGAAGGAGGAUCCGUACAAUGCCAUUAUUGCGGGUUUCUUCACCGGUGGUGCGCUUGCUGUCCGUGGUGGUGUGAAGGCUGCGCGUAACUCGGCCAUCAUGUGCGCUGUGUUCCUGGCUGUCAUUGAGGGUGUCGGUAUUGGAUUCCAGAGAAUGAUGGCUGACAACACGAAACUCGAGCUCCCUCCUCCCCCUCCGGCCGACGCAAAGGCUGUCGCCUAA